AUGUCAUCAUCAUCACCAUUUUCAUCUUCUCUAUCUGUCAUGGCUGAACAUCUUAGUUUUAUCACCUUGAAGUACGCUAGGCCGGGUUCCUGUAUCUGUGGUUUCAUUACCACCGACUUCACUCGAUCCUUGUGUCCCUUGCAUGGCCAACCACAGCAACACCAGCCUAUCACCCAGAAUCGGAAAAGACACGACGUUGACGACGAUGCCGAUUAUGAGCCUGGCAGGAAAAGGACGACAGCAUCAGUACAGAAGACCAGAAGAGUGCGCCGGAUCACCUCUCCUCGCCGUCAUACCGUCCCUGUACGACAGCGUUUGCAGAAGCAGCCUCAGCCGCAAAUACAGACCUCUUCAAGUCCUUCAGCAUCACCACUAGCCCGUCUUCCUCCUACACCACCAGAGAGCCCUCCGAAUCGGACCACCUUCGACUUCUGUAAAGUAGACCCUUUAAUCCGCCGGCUCAUCUACCAGCAUCUCCUGAUUCCUAGGUCACAAACCAUCAGGUUCCCAACGAAAGGAUCCUCAAUCAAGCCAAUAUACCUCAAUCCAGAGCUCCACCCAUCCAUUCUCCACGUGAACUCGCAGGUGUAUCGAGAAGCGUCACAGAUUCUUUACGGCACAAAUACAUUUGUCGCAUCAGAUCCCUCUCAGCUGUUCCUGCCAAAUGGUGUACAGGGACUACGACGCAAGACCAUGACGUAUAUCCGACACUUGAUAUUCAAAAAGAGAGCAUCGAUGGCCACCUUGUGUAUGGAAAGUGGAGACACCGUGUACGAGCCCAUUUGGAAGAUGAUGCGCGACUACCCUGGAUUUCUUAAUUUGAACAAGAUCACGCUUCAUCGGGAAGUGAUGCGACCCGCCGACUUUUGCCUGAUGGGCUUGUCAACGUACCUGAACAAGCAUGAUGCUGGAAUAGGUUCGGAUGAAUGUAUCAACAAGAGGAAGAUGUUGAUCCAUGCAGCCGCGAAAGUUGCAUACCAGGUUGCGAUGAGAGACUCGGAGUUCCAUGGGCUGCAUAUCACGCUGGAGGAAGAGAAGGAGUACGGAUUGACACAGAGAGCUCUAACGGGCAAUAUCUUUGAGAUAUGUUUGACUAAGGGCGACAUCGUUGGUUCGCCUGCAAAUCUGUUUUUGCAUCGGACUGUAUGCACAACACUAUGGCUGGAGAGAGAAGCGGAGAUCAGAGGAGCUGAAGAGGCGUACCACGAGUACUUUGAGCGCUGUCGACCAGUGCUUCGGCAGGCUGGCUAG